AUGCGCGUCGGUAGCGCGGCUUGUUUACGCGGGCGGGAGCGGCAAGUGCAGCAGGCCCCUCCGCCGCCACCUGUUCGCGGCCGUGGUGGGGGCCGCGCCUCUCCCCCGUGGCAACAGAGCGCGCGUGGCCGCAGCCGCAGCAGCAGUCGCAGCACGAGCGCCCGCACACCCCGCAAGCUGGCCGGCCUGCAGCACAGCGCCGCCAUGGCGCCUUGGGCCGGCGCCGCCCCCGCCGCCUGGGGGUGGCCGGCGCCGCCCCCGCAGCCUCCCGCGCCGCCGCCGCCGCCCGUGUCGGCGGCCGACCAGCCGCUCGACUUCUCGCUCGCCAAGUUCCAUCACAACAACAACAACGACUCACCUCCCGCCGCCCACGCCGCCCUCCUGGGCCGCCGGCCGCACGCCGUCACGCCCCCUCGCGCGCUACCCGACGCCGCCUCCGACGCUGCCGAAGACGACGCCACCGGCCGCGACUCGUCGGACAACUCCUCCGACAACUCGGACGUCGCCCCCGCGUCUCCGCCUCCAGGCAAUAGCUCUACCAAGCUAAGCCCGUCUCACACUUCGGAAUGCAGGAGAGAACCACUGGUGGAGGAAAAGCUGCGAGGGUUAUACGGGGUGGUCCCACGGUCGCUGUGGCCUCCGGAAGCGGCGCUGUCGUGGUCGCCGGAAGAGGCCCGCUGCACCGCCGCCACGCUGCACGCGCGCCUCAGGGGCAUCCAUGCUGGGGUGGAGCGAGGCGGCGACGCGGCCGGAGACCACGACGCGCUCUCGCCCACACGCGCAGGCAGCAGCAGCGACUCGGAGGCUGCGGCGCCGGCGGCGAGGGUGGGCGUGGCCGUCGGAAGCCCGCCCGCGCACCGCCCCGCUGACGACGACGACGACGAGGACGACGACGACUCGGUGGCGUCGGCCGACAGCCGCACCGCCCCCGCGCACGCCGCCCUCAACCUCGUGACGGAGGUGGUGUCGCAGCGUAGCUCCGGAGGCGGAUCGCCGGGGUCACCGAUGACGCCGGGGUCUGUUCCAGGGGCGGGAGCUGCGUCCGCUUCCGCCUCCGUUCAGGCCGCGCUACUCUCCCUCAACCAGCUGAUGAGCCAGGGACAGCAGCUGUUCUUGCAGAAUCAGCUGGCUGCUGCAGCGGCGGCAUCGGGCUCUCUUGGACUGGGCUCCAGUACACAGCAAGUUCUGCAGCAGUUCGUGCUUUUCCAGCCUGGAGCCACUUCUUCACCUACUGCUCCAGCUCCUGGAAGUCAGGCACAUUUCUUUCUGCAAAGUCGGGAUCUGUUACAACAAGGAUUUACUCAUCAAAAUCUGUCUGGGCGCGGAGUACCUACGCAGACAGCGCAGGUGCAGCAUGCAGUGGCGCAAGCAGCACAACAGCUGCAGCAGUUGCAGAAGCAACAGGCAUCACAGCAACACAGUCAUGCUCAUGGGCCAUCUCCCCACAACCAUCAUAACCAUCACCACCACCACAAUCACCAUCACCAACAUCACAAGGCUGGUGCAACAGUGAUGAGGACUCCAGAACCACAACCACCAGGCCCAGACGAGACAACUGACCUGGAAGAAUUGGAACAGUUUGCUAAAACUUUUAAGCAGCGACGCAUAAAAUUGGGGUUCACUCAAGGUGACGUUGGACUUGCUAUGGGGAAACUAUAUGGGAAUGACUUCUCACAAACCACAAUCUCCAGGUUUGAAGCUCUAAAUCUGUCAUUCAAGAACAUGUGCAAAUUGAAGCCACUGUUACAAAAGUGGUUAGAGGAUGCAGACAGCUCAGCAAGCAACCCCGGCUCCUUAAGCAACCCUCUGACAACACCAGAGGCUGUAGGCCGUCGUCGCAAGAAGCGCACAUCUAUUGAGACAAGUGUUCGUGUAGCACUUGAGAAGGCUUUCCUACAGAAUCCAAAGCCAACAAGUGAAGAAAUUGCUGUACUUGCUGAAAGUCUGGUCAUGGAAAAGGAGGUGGUGCGAGUAUGGUUCUGUAACAGGCGCCAGAAGGAGAAGAGGAUCAACCCCCCGAGUGCGGCGAUGGGCGGGCCACCCGGCAGCAACACCCCUAGCAGCGGCAGUGCCAGCGGAGCGGGCUCCGGGAAUGGCAGCACUGGCAGUACCACCGUGUUUGGCCACCUGGCUGGGCCCCUGGCUGCCACAGGCGCCCUGAGCAUCAACGCCCACGCGCAUGCCCACCCUCACCCUCACCCACACCCGCACCCGCAUGGCCCACUGUCGCUCGUCACAGGUGUGGGUGUAGGAGGACCUACAGCGAAUUACUCUGCUCCUGCUGUCAAGACGGAAUGACCUUUCUGAACUGUCGUGCCAUGGCGCAUGACAUAUUGACUGCUCUCGAUUGGUGGCAGUGCGGUGUCAUUCUCUACAUCAGUGAAUAUGUAUUCUGAAAGUAGCUGUAAAAACAGUGUAAAUAAUGGUCGAAGUCAUUCAGUAGAAGAAGAGCAAGAAAUUGGACAGCUAUUCACAUAACUGCAGACUCUUUAAGUGUGUGUAAACUACCCAGUUUUACAAAUUCAUUUGUAUCUGCUGGUGUAAUAGAAUCUAUUGACUUGGCACUGUCAAAGUGUCUGUAACAUAGUGUAAGUUAAGAGUGAAUUAUAUUGGGACAAUGUUGCAAACUGGCCACAGCACCAUGGGGAUGGGCCACUAUCACACUAGAUGAGGCUUGAUGAGGUCAAAUAAUGUUUUUGAAAAGUAAGGUCUUCUGUGUCAUAGAUGAUAGGAUGAGUUAGAUAUUACCAUGCUAAUUUUUUACAAAAAUAAUAAAUAAUGUUCUAUUUAUGGUAUUUAAUCUUCAUUACAGCUGAUACAGAACAAUUUGUUUAACAUUUCUAUCACAAAAAUUUAUCAAAAUAUGUAAAGUUUUACACCGAGAAGUGUUUUACUCAUUUUGUCCAUAAUG